AAAGAGUUGCCGAAAGAGUGCAAGUUGGCAUUGCAGGUCCCAUUCUACUCCAGAACAGAACAAGACAUCGAAACAAUCUUCAGUGGCCUUAAGUUGGUACCCCAAUUCGUGGAGUUCCCCACUAAUAUCCUCGACAAAAUAGCCAGCAGAGUAUGGCUGGACAGUUUCCCUCCACACCGGGUGAUUGUGAGACAGGGUCACAGGGGUGAGAACUACUACAUUGUGGUGAAGGGCAGAGUGGAGGUGUCUGUGAUAGAUGUGGACCCCCUCACCAGGGAGAUCAAGCCACGCACUGUCAACAUACUCACCAAGGGACAAGCAUUCGGGGAGAAGGCACUGUUGAACAACAUGAAGAGAAAUGCGACUUGUGUGAGUUUGGAUGCGGUGGAUCUCUUAGUACUGUCGAAGGAUGCCUUCAUGGAGGUGGUGAGUAUGCAGAGGGCGAGGAACAAGCGACAUGGACAGAACCAGUCGGACGAACCAGAACACAUUCAGUUCCUAAGGAAAGUGCCGUUUCUGAGUACGUGGCCAAUUUCCAAGCUGUUAACAGAACACGAAUCCUGUCAGUUUUACUACUACAGGAGAGGCAUGUUGAUAUGUUCGAACAUCAACGGAACCGACCAGAUAUACAUAAUCAAAGAUGGCUCGUGUUCAGUACUUCUCAUGUUAAAAGAUGUCAAAGAGUCCAAAAUAGCAUCUUAUGAAGAUCUUUUACCCCCUGUGAAACCCAAACCAACUAACCGACUUGAACUCACAAACUCUGCGACCGGUACUGUAUCAAUGCCAGUGACUAGAUCAUCAGCCAAAAGACCAGUGGUAUCUGCUGGAGAGAAGGGGAAAAAGAGACCUGGAACUGUUCCAGCAAAGCACAAUUUUUCAAAAAACACAGCAGCCAAUACGAGGCCUCUUCACUCGACUGUGACGUCAUUAGGCGGGGAUGUCAGAGACAGUGGAACGACUGUAUUCGUCUGUGUGGACACUUUAGUGAGAGGAGACGAGUUCGGUCUCUCCACACUUGGUGUGAAACAACCGGAUCCAGAUGCUGACUCAGACGAAGAACAGACCUCGGAGGACAUGCUGGCCCAGUUGAGACCGAAACUGCCGAAUUUGGCCCUGGUGAGCAACGGGUGCGAGUGUAUCUCCAUCAACAAGGCCACCCUCCUCAAACACUCCACCACCCUCAUUUUCAAACAGAUGAAGGAGAGUGUCAAAGUAUACCCAGAUAAAGAAUACUUCAGACGGAAGUUCGAGGACACUCGCAAGUGGGAGCAGUACAGGAAGGGGAUACUCGGAUCAUGUCUGCAGAGUCGGCAGAAGACACACUUCAAAAGAGGCACCAUGGCAGAAUUACAAACAAACUCAGAAGACUGAUCAUUUUAAUCUUAGAAUUCAGAUUUUUUUAAUUUUAAAUUUGUUCCCAAUCACAAAGAAAACA